CCUCGAGUCGCCCGAAAGAAGGAGAAGAAGGAGAAGAAGGAGAAGAAGGAGGACAUGAGGAGGAACGUCACCUUCCGCUUCCUGGCGCGGGACCACUACCUGCCGGAAGAGGUCAACUUCUGGACGAUGGCCAUUGUGGCGGUCGGCACGGGCUUCAUCUUCACCGUCGCCGUCUCCAUCUACCUUAUAUGCCAGACGCGGCUGGAGCGCCCCCUCCCGGUGCGGCACCAGCGGACGGUCCGCCACAUCAGCCAGGGUCCCGACGCCUUCCUGCUACCUUACGGGCGGCCGGGAGACGACCUGCGCCCCCCCUGCACUGCCUCCACCCCCCCUCCGCCCUCCCCCGCGGCUUGGACGACCCCGAGUAGAGCGAGAGGACGUCGGCGGCGCCUACUUCGACGCCCUGAAACCUUCAUAAAAACAAACCUUCAAAAAAACCUUCGAAAACCUCAAGCGAGUUUUGGCGAGCAAACGCUAUCAAGAUUUCUUGCUUCGGAUGGACAAAAUACUCUUUGACUUGAGAUCUCUUCGCCGUUUCUCAGGAUGUUCUGUUCUUUAAAACAUGUUGCAGAAUGAUGGAGAACACAUUAAACUUCCUAUCGAGAAUGCAUUUAAUAUCAAAUUUAAAAUAAGAGAUAGAAAAAAAAAAAUAAAGAUGGAUAGUAAAAGAUUUCAAAUGAAUUGUUCUCACGUAAGAAAUCACUAUGGCUUUUUCUUGUCGCUUUUGUGAUGUAUCAAAGAUUGUGAAUUUUAAGAUAAUAAAGAUUAGUUUAUAUGUUUCAAA